AGUCUUCAUGGUCGUAGAUCAGGGACAGUUCUGUUUUAAGCCUGCCUUUGUCCAACAUGGGAUAGGCAUCCACCGUGGUUUCCAGCGCUGCAUCUGGGAACUUUCUGCUGUGUUGUGGGAACAAGUCACCUUGCAACAGAGUAGCAUUGAUGAGAUGCUUGGUGAAAGAAAACCUCUCCUUGGCAUGGCUGAUAAUGGUGUCACAGACCUAUGAAAUAAUAACCACAGAAAACAUUCCCAGUUCAACAAUACAAUAAAAUCAGCCUAUUCCUAACAGUUAUUUCUUUAGCAAGUAAAGCUAACAGUAAUAAUUAAAAAACAUAAAUGUGGAGAAAAAAAUGACUGUCUGCAUUCUCCAGUAGAUAUACAGUAAACAUAGUAUGUCUAAUAAUGACAACUCUGAAUACAAAAAUGUGCAAACAAUAUACAUAUAGGCUAGUGGAAUACAGAAAAAGAAGUGGAUUACCUCUAUUGCCAGAUGCUGUUGUGUUUCUUCCUCCAUUGCCCUCCGUUUCUUCGCGGGUGGUCCCUGUACAGGUCCCCUAUAGUCCUCAUCCUCAACUAGAGAAGGAACAGUGUCCCUGGUCCAAAACAAUUUUCACAAGUCACUGUCCAUCCUGAAAUUACUCUAAGAAACUACUCACUAGAAACCAAAUUGCUGAUAAAAUAAAUCCAGAACUGUAUUAAAGUAUGUGCUGUUGUUGUGUUGGACCUAUUCAAUGUCAUCUAGAUUCAUCACAUAUAAAUUCACUAGUCCAACAUGGUGAAAUUGUGAUAUUUAUGAGAGAUUAUAUUGUGCUCAGCCAUGUGGAUUCAUGUUUUUACUGUGAAGGCUACAUGUAAGCAUGUUUUAAGCAAAUAUGUAAAAUCAUAGCUUACCUGAUGGCCUGUAUGCUUUGAGUGAACUUUUGGGUGAUCCCUGCGAUGAAGACAGAGUCUAUAUUCCUCUUCUGCAGCUGGUUAAAGAGCAUGUCUACAUGUGGCAUGAUCUUGUGAAAUAAUGCCAAGAAAAAACAGAAAGCCUCGUCUUCCAACAUUCUUAAUAAACCCCCGGCCUCUCUCUUCGACAUGGCAUCAAAGUCUCCUCUGUCUCGAAUGGUUUGGAAGCACUUAAAGGGCAUGGUGCAGGUUUCUAUUUUCUUCUAUUCUGGCAAUUUUCUAGUUGGUAAUAAACAUUUAAACAAUUAUCCAUUGUAUUUGAUGUUGUAGGGUAUCACAAAAUAUAAAUAUUAGGAAAAGUAGGUGAUAUAUUAGUGGUUAUUAGCCACAGGUUAGCGAUGAUUCUUAUUUCUCCCACAAUGCAUUGCAUGACGUCACAUAAGGUACUCCUCGCUUUUGGACGACAGCCGAAGCCGCUAGUGAGAGAGAGACAGUGUCAGAUUAUAUAAGUAAAUACAUAAAUAGAGAUAGCCUAGAUAUAGAUAGAUAGAUAGAUCGAUCGAUAGAUAGAAUAGCAUAACAUCGAUAGAUAGAUAGAAUAGCAUAACAUCGAUAGAUAGUGAGGGAUAGCAUAGCAUAACAUAACAUAACAUAGAUAGAUAGUGAGGGAUAGCAUAGCAUAGCAUAGCAUAACAUAUAUAUAGAUAGAGAGAGAGAGUAGAUAUAUUAGUAGAUAACAUGGUUUUCUACUGUAUUUGUGGCGGGUGCAACAACUCCAGCAAAAGUGGACAUAGGGUACAUUGCUUCCCCAAGGACAAAGGGAUUCUCCGAAGCUGGGUGCAAUUUGUCAAGGUUAGGCGGGCAGAUUUUUCAGCUAGCUCUGUUACCGCGUACUCCAGAAUAUGCAGCGCGCAUUUCAAGGAGGAGGAUUACCACUCAGGGGAUGCCAAGAUGGUCUCACUUGGUUUAAAGAGUAAGAGGACGGCGAAGUUAAUUCCUACCGCCGUGCCGUCUGUGCAUGCAAACCACUCUGCCUGCCCUGUCCCGAGGUCGAGAGACACCGUCUGCCGCAAGCGAGAGAUUGCCACGAUGUUGACAGACGCCUCACAGCAGGAGACCGUGCACAGUGUAGACACUGUGGAGAGUGUCGAUACUGGGGAUCAGCCCUUGCCCUCCUCCACUUCUGAUGCUGGGACACAAUGUUAUUUGAAGCCCCCCCGAUGGUCUCACGCUGUGCAGGUUAACCUGAAGCCCAAGAUGGUUAGCGUGGGCACACAGACUUCAAUCAGCCCACAAACCUCCACUCCCCUCGCUAGUCCUGAACAGACAGUUGACGACGAUGAUGAUGAUAAUGCCACUGUCAUCAGUGACUUGUCGUGGGUGCCCGAAGAGCCGAUGGAUGAGGAGGAAUUGUUUGAUGAGGAGCCACCUUACACGUGUGACCCCCACCACAAUUGCAUUGACAAAUUCAUUGUUUGCCAAGAGGAGCUGAUGGGCCUUUUUGCCAUCUGUCCGGCCUGUUGUGAGAGGUCGGAUAGGAGCAUCGUGCAGCAGGAAGGAACUUUUGUUAAAGGUUGGGUAAACCAGUGUGAGAGCUAG